GCCAGCGAUUCUUCCAAUCGUCGAAACACUUCCUCACGAACAAGUUCUUUGAUCCACUUCUGUUAACAAACGGAAAUCGCCAAGUUCAUAAAAACACAUCUAAGCUUAAGGGCUGCUGCAGACAGAGUAUUUUUCCAUGGGAUACAAAUCCAUUCUUAAAUUUGCCUACAUUAAUUUUUAACUGAUUUUUUCCAAAAUUUCAAAAUCAUCUUCAUUUUAUUUCUCUUAUAUACCUUCUGCUCAAAUAUAAACGAGACUUUAUCCAUAACUCGACAAGGACAUGACAUAUGGCCAUACUUUAUUUAGCUUAGGUUGGCAGGACUGUUAUAUGUUUACAUGUCAAAUUAUAUAUAGGUAUAUUCUAUAAAUACUAAAGCAUUCAAAUUUGGAAUCAUAUAACAUCAAAUACGAGCCGUUUGGGAUAGUCGGAAGAAAGCAGAGGCUCUCAAGUACUAUUACAGAUUAAUCCAAAUAUCUUCUUUGCUGUGACAUGAAUCUAUUGACGUAGCACAGAUCUGAGACUUUACAAGACUAUGCAGGUUGGUCACACUGACAACGUAGAAAUCAGUUGUUCUCUUUUGUUUUCAUUUGAGCAAUGUUGCCAAAUUUCGCGUAUAUCCCAUGUUACGGACGGUAGAAGCGGUGGGGCGUGUUCAUUUGCAUUGCGCUCUCAUAAGAUAGGUCGUACCAGCUGAUACGGGUGACGGUUUUGCGUCGGUCACUAACUGAAGCAUAAGCGAUAAAUUACGCCUACAUACAUAUGUAUGCACGUAUAUAUACACCAUCAUAGAGUAUUAAUUUCGUUUGUUUAUCAGAAAAGGUUAGAUAAUGCUAAUAAACAAACCACCAAAUGAGACAAAAUCGAGCAAAUAAGGCCGACAACUAAUCACAGAUAUAUUAUAAACAAUUCAUUAUAUUAUAUUACUUUUUAAGUACGCCGAACUUAUUCGACGCAAAUUGCUUCGGCAAUUAAAAAAUGAUAAACGAAACUGAUAACAGAGCAAAAAGCUCAACUAAAUUGGCAGAACUUGCGAAGUGUCGCAGAAAGAAAUCGUUCAGAAAUACUCUUCAGUAAUAUAUGUCAAACGCUUAAAAAAAACCUCAUAUAUUUAUGGUCAAGAUUUAAUCAAAACAAUAGAUGCCAAAAUUUUAGACCAUUAUUAUCAGUGCAGCGGGAACACGGAGGAGAAGAUAUGGUUUUACCAUUACUUGUCUACUUGGUAUUUAAGACGAGUGCAAAGAGGCUUUGCUGACCAAACUCAAAUUGGUUAAAAUGAAGUUAGCUUCGACAUUAUUGCUGCUGGUCGCUGGCAGUUUCUGCCUCUUCCAUGGAUGUAUAGCUAGUGUGAUUGCUACACCACAGCAUGUGAACGAUGAGUCGAAGGCUGAUGAUCAGCUGUCAGAACCGAUCGCACCAAUUAGUGCGAUAAAUGAAGAAGAUAAAUUAGAGGGUCUUGAAACACUAUUUGAACGCAACUUAUAUGUGGAGCCAAUCAAAGGUGCCGAUUACCAGUAUAUAAAGUCUGCGGCAGUUAGUGUUGAUGAGAAGCCUGCUGAAGUUGAAGAAGAUUAUGUUGAACCCGAACCCAACAGUGAGGUGGAAGAUGAGUUAGUUCAACCGGAAGCUGAUGUAAAUGGAAAGCCAGAAGGACGUGCUAACGAGUGCAAAGUGACCAUCCGUGGUGGUCUGCCUACCCCUCAGCCCAUUUAUUUGAAGAGCGGCUCCGAGGAAUUCUAUCCAUACGACACCCGCGGUGUAAUGGUUGUCGAUUCAGGUAAAACUUUAGAGAUGUGGUGCCCCGGAAAGUUUACCACAAUUGAUAAGACACUCCUUACCGCUUCUUGCGUUAGUGGUACCAACUUCAGAGUGGAUGGUACUACGUACUCAGUUAAGGAAUUGACUUGCAAAUCUUGGCCGGGUUUCGUGGCUGAAAAGACCGGCGCUUCGUGCAAUGGUGGCAUUAUGGUACGCGUUGGCUUCAAAGUCUCGUCAAGACGUUUCGUCGAGCAGUAUCAAGUUUGCUUCAAUGAAGACGAAGAAGUUACACGUUAUGUACAUCACGAUUUGAACCCUGGCAGCAAUUACUAUCAGACAGGAGUGGACCGUAUCACCUUCCAGACUGGUGGUUUCUUUGAUAGCAAAAAUGUCGAUAAACUGUACACUCAAGUCACACAGCAGGCGACUAUCAACGCACAUUUGGGCGGCGAUGCCAGCAAAUACUUCACAAGUAACAAGAAUAUUUACUUAGCACGCGGUCAUAUGGCCGCCAAGGCUGAUUUUGAUUAUGGUAGCGAACAGCGUGCCACUUUCCUCUUUAUCAACGUCGCUCCACAGUGGCAGGUCUUCAAUGCCGGCAAUUGGGCUCGCAUCGAAGAUGGUGUACGCGCAAAGGUUUCCAGUGCAAAGUGGUAUGUUGAUUGCUACACUGGUGUGUACGGUGUGACCACUUUGCCCAAUAGCGACGGUGUGCAGACUCCACUGUACUUGUCAUAUGAUAGUAACAAUAACGGACAGAUUCCCAUACCCAAACUGUAUUUCCGUGUUAUAAUUGAGCGCAGUAGCCAAAAGGGUAUUGUUUUCAUUGGUGUAAAUAAUCCACAUUUGACAUUGAAUGAAAUCAAGAAGGACUAUAUCAUUUGCAAUGAUAUUAGCGACAGGGUUAACUAUGUUAACUGGAAACGUACCGAUAUAACUGCUGGAUAUUCUUAUGCUUGCGAGGUCUCUGAUUUCAGAAGGAAAGUAACCCAUCUGCCAACGCUUUCAGCGCCAGGUGGUUUGUUGUUGUAAAUAUGCAAUUCGAGUGUUGUAAAUAAAAUAUAAAGUAUAUA